UCUUCUGGGGCUCUUGGGCUUGGACUGCGGCAACGGUGGCAAAAGGCAACCCCAGGUUGGACCCAGUGAUCAUUAAGCCGUUUGGAUUGGUUUGAGGAACACCUCGGCGUUGAAGCUCGGAGUGACAGGUUGACGAAAAGCUGCACAUCCAAAUUGAAUUCAGCUGUCAAACUUCAGAGGAGAAGCUUCAGGAGAACUUCCGCCAGGGACCAGCCAGCGUUCCAUUCCGAAUCGACCAUGAAGCCGUUCAGUAGGAGAUCUUCCGCCGUGGCCGUGGUGGCGCUAGUGUUCUGCGUCGGGGCCGCACUGGCCGCGCCCGGAAGCACCCGGGUCAAGCGGGAGGAGGACGUUGCGGAGCUGGUGAACCCGGUCGCAUCCGAGGACAUCGCCUUCAGUAACGACCUUGACCGCGACAAGCGAAAAAUUCCCGACCCAAAGUACGAGGCGAAAAAUGCCAUCCUUGGAUUCGUGUUUGGAAAAAUCAACUCCCUGAUCGACGCCAAGACGCGCCUCGUCGACAAGCUGGACCAGGCCAACAUCGAGAAGAACCGCCAGCACCACAUCGAAUCGCCCAAGCCCAUCACCAGCUUCCAGUCGCUGGUGUCGUCGGUGAUCACGCCCAAGGUGCAGUUCAUCACGUCCAAGAUCGGCUCGCUGAGCGGCGGUCUGCUGGGUGGAUCGUCGGGCGGAAGUGGCGGAAACGGCGAUGACCACGGCAACGGAAGUCCGGCGGCGCCCGGCCUCGGCGGAGUUGUGUCCUCGCUGUUGAAGCUGUCCGGGCCGAUCCUGUCCGGAUCGUCCGGCGGCGGCAACGGCGGCGGCUCCAACUCGGUGUCGCUGGGCGAUAACGACGAUGAUGAUGAAAACGUGAACCACGCUAUUGCGCAUAGAAAUUUGUCUGUCUGGUUUCUGGCCAGCAAGCAAUCGAGCCAAGCCCUGAAGGACGCCAUCAACCCAACCAAGGCCCCGAUCCCCUCGACGACGGACGACACGCCGGACUUUAACCGCCAGAAGGUGUCCCUCCAGGUGCCGGACGAGCUGUUCGGCAGCUCGUUCACUCUCGUGACCAACAUCUCGACCCGCGUGGGCAACCUCAUCAUGAGUUCUGCCCGCCGUGCCGGAGAGUUUCUGUGGAUCUUCCAACCGCUGGUGGGGAACAAUCUGAAGAUUGAUCUGCCGACGACAACGACCACCACGCCGAGAACCACGACGAGGACGACGAGGGCUACGACUACGGCCAGCAGUGCGGUUGCGACGAACGAAAUCAAGUGAUGGGCUUUUGAGAGAGCUUUUCGAAACGAUACCACAAAUCCUAAUAGAUUCCUUAUGCUUAAACGAUGAUAUUUAUUCAGACAGGCUCACAAAUUCAGAUGGUGUACUGAAGGUGUAGGAGAUUGCACGCAAUUAUUUUGCUUUUUUAUAUAUUUUUAUUUAUUUGAUCUAAAUAGUUACAACAUGGAAGUUACCACCACUGCAAGUUAGGUUCAUAGUUAAAUAACGGUAUUUACAAUGGUAAAAGAGAAGACAAAAACUUGAGGACUCACA